AUGUUAACGAAUACUGAAAGUAAGUUUAAAAACAGGAUGCAAUAAUUAUUGUACGUCUAACUCAUGUAUUAGGAAAGACAGACAUCAGUGAGCUUAUAAGCAAGCGAUGUUUUGGACAACGCGGACAUGACCCAAAAAUUGUUAUAAAUAAUUUUGGCGGCACGUUUUGCAUCAUAUAGCGCUCAUCAAGAAAGAAAAAAUUAUUACCACAAACUGACACAAACACAUUUAAUCUGGUUUCCCCUCGGUAAUCUGACGUCCCUGUGGAUACAAACGUCGCUUCUUAAGCUCUCUAUUAAUUAUUUACCACGCUGGCUGGCAUAAUCCAUUUAAGUAACCCCAUGUAAGUCAAAACAUAUGGCAGUUUGAAAUCAAUUAGAGUGUCUUAUCGCGUUUUAAUUUCUGCAAGACGAGAACAGCCGAUGUAUACACAUUGUAUAACACAAGAGUGGAAUAAAUUCUCAUGUUACUAUUUAAAAACAUUUCGCUUUGUUAAAUUUGGAGUGUGACAGGACUUUUAUGAACUUUAUUUGAUAAACAUUUACAUUCAUAAAGUUAUUAAUUUUAAGGACAAAAAAUACAGUUCCACGCAAUCGCCACUUGAUUGACAACAUUUGUGUUUGACCAUAGAAAUAUGUCUUGGUAAGACUAUAUUUCUCAUGAUUUAUAAUAUUAGACUUCGCUGAUAAUAGACCAAAUAUUAUGAAAGAUAUCACUUGGAACAGUUUGUUAACUCGUAACUUUUUUGUUAUAUGCUUCAUCGCAGGUGGUAGCCGCAGCCUUCAUGCAAUUACACACAAGAUGAUCAUCCUCACAUGCCGCCAUGUACAUAUUCUCCCAUGCCCAAUACAUUUGCUCUUUCUUUUUCCGGUAUACUGUAUCGCUCCACUUCAUUGGGCAUAACAUGACGUACCAAUUGGCAAUGUAAUAUCGCACUGCUUUACCACAGUAUACACACAGACACAAAUGUCCCGCUCAGUUUAAGAAAGAGUAACGGCCACUAAACCAUGAUUACAGAAAGCCUGGUUGCAUACCGAGAGAACGUCUAAUUGCUCACCGUGGUGAAAGAGCUAACUGCAAAAUGAAAUGUGGUAUCAUUCCACAUCAAUAAAAUACCCAAGACUUACACCAGCAUUCUAAAAGCUCACUCACACUCAAUGAGUGGAGGUUCAAUCUGAGCUUCUCUUGAGUGUCAAUGCUGUUUUGAAUAGCUGGAGGGUGAGCAGUCACAUAGUAUGGAAUGUACGAUACUGGCCUUUCAGCUAUUCAAAAACAGCAAUAACACUCGAGAGAAGCUCAGAUUGAACCUCCACUCGUUGAAUGUGAGUGUGAGUGAGCUUUUAGAAUACGGGCGUAAGCCUUUCUUUUGACCAUCGCGGUAAAACGUCUGUGUGUGCGCGGGAACUGAAAAAUUACAGCAAAUUUAAAUUAGAACUUACACUAUAUAAACAAAACAUGGCCAUAUUCGGCUUAAUUUAAACAAGAAAAUUAUAAGGCGGAAGGGACCUCUGCCUCCAUGAUUUCACUCCAGUUGCGUUUCUGAUAGCUUGAGCUCAAUACAGACUGUGUUACGCUUGUAAUCAUACAGAAGGCAAAAUUACUCGAAUACCAUUGGGUAAUAGUGAGGGAAUUUUUUUUUAAUUCAGGGCAAAAUUACUUGUACCUGAUUGGCUGAGACACAAGCGCGGGAAGUUUUAUAGCAAUACAAACAAUGGCUUCUCGUUUUGUCAUUGCGGAUAAUGAUGUCAUAUUAAAGAAUUAAAAACUUCUCGUGAAAACUAGAACACUAGAAAAAGUACAAAUUGAUGAGUUUCAAAUUUAUGGAGUUAUUAAGAAAUGGGCAGCGUUAAGGAACAACAACGAAGACAUAGAGACAUACGAGGUUCAAGAACUUGACAAGUUCACAAUAUAAAUUUUGCUCUCUAUAGGCCGGUUUACGUUCGCUAUUUACUCGUUUACACGACAACAUUUUGUAAACACACUUUUAUGAUAGGCACCGUGCCCAUCGGAAAACGGCACCUCUACUUUCCGUUUACGACGGUAUAUUUUAAAGAAUAAAUAAGUCGGACAGAAAUAGAAUUAUAUAUUUACAAUUAUUGGAACGAAGAAGAGUAUUAUAUGAGCCGAAAAUCGAGGGGAAAAACCAAUUCAAUACCAGAAAAGUACUUUAAGGGCCAGCUCAUAUGGGCAAAAGUUAUCCCAGUUAGCGAGAAAACUUUUCGACAAGUUUACAAACGAGAUCUUGCCUUGGUAUGAAAAUAAUAUGAAAAGUUACACUGCGUUCAUAUUAUGAGACAAAAAGUUUUUCCGUGUACCGAGAUCUCGCUUGUUGACAAGCCAGAUCUCGGUGACCGGGAUAAUGUUUUUCCCAUAUGCAUGAACACAACUUUACCGCUUAGCGGGAUAACUUUCUGUCGUAUCAGCAUCUUUUCGAUUCCGAUUGAUAUUCAGUGCGUGCCCACCGGAAAACGGCACCUUUAUUUUCCGUUUACGACGGUAUAUUUUAAAGAAUAAAUAUGCCGGCCAGAAAUAGAACUAUAUAUUUAUACUUAUUGGAACGAAGAAGAAUAUUAUAUGAGCCGAAAAUAAAAGGAAAAACCAAUUCAAUACUAGGAACGUACUGUAAGGGCCAGUCAGUCAAAUGGGCAAAAGUUAUCCUGGUUAGUGAAAAAACUUUUCGAAAAGUUUACAAGCGAGAUCUCGCCUUGGUAUGAAAAUAAUAUGAAAAGUUAGUUUACACUGCGUUCAUAUAAGAAAAAACGUUUUCCCGUGUACGUACCGAGAUCUCGCUUGUCAAGUGAUAAUGUUUUUCCCAUAUGAACACAACUCUAGUUCCCGCUUGGCAGGAUAGCUUUCUGUCGUGUCAGUAACUUUUCAAUUCAAUUGAUAUUCAGUGCUAUGUCACAGCCGGAAACUUUACCCGGUAAGCGGAAUAACGUUUCUCCAUGCAUGUGAACAGAACAAAAGUAUAUUUGGCUAGUCGAAAAGUUUUCUCGUUAACCGGGAUAACCUUUGCCCAUAUGAACAGGCCCUUAAAGACGAAAGGAGUUGUUUUCUCGCAUAAAUGUUGUGCCAUCUUGUAUUCACCCGCCACGAAUUCGAGAGGUAUGGACGCAUCGAACGACAGCUAUUUGCUACGACCUAAGGCCGGUUUACACGACAAGCGUUUUGGGCACGGCACCCCUGAAAAUGGGCACCCGUGCCCAAAAUUUUAGGCACGGCACCUCUGCCUUUUGGCGUGUAAACGUGACAAAAGUCGGCACCGGUGCCGCAAAAUUUAACUGACGUGCCGAGACUUUCUCACGAGGUAGUCUCGGCACCUCUAGCAAGGGUUGCCGUGCCCAAAUUUCGAAAAAAUACAAAAUGUGUUCGACAUUGAGCAUGCGCAAAACAAAUUGUCCUCCCGCCAACAUGGCAGCAAGCGGCGAACGUGCCAAAAAUAUUGAAAGACAAAGUGAAAAAACAAGUAUAAGUAAUACAAAAAUACGUAAAAAUCGAGGUGUUGUAUGGCAAGACGAUGCAACAAACUUUUUAAUUGACGUUUGGGGCGAGGAAGUUAUACAACUGCAGUUGGAAAACUGCAAGACGUCAAAACAAACGUCAAAAAUUUACGAAACAAUACUGGUAAGUCAUUUAAAUAUAUUUAGAUAAUACUGUAUUAAAGACGGAGUUUGCGUAAUAUUUACAAAGUUAUUUCAUCGCUUGUAUUUUUAUACUAAUCGGCCAACGGCAAUUCGGCAAUUUGAAAACUGAAUCUUUCCUUUUUUAGAUUCAACUGCAAAAAAAUGGCCAUUGUGAAGGCUUUACAUCCCGGGAUGUUGUCAACAAAGUUAAGAAGUUAAGGCAAAAGUAUAAAGCAGAGAAAGACAAAAAACGAAGAUCUGGAAGCGGUAAAGGGAAAGAAUGGAAAUUUUUUUCUAAAUUGGACGCAUUCUUGUCCACUAAGCCAAAUGUUGAACCGUUGCUCGUGGUUGACACCAUGGCAGAAAGUAGCACGAAUGACGAAACUACUCGGCCUGAGACUGAGGAAACAGACGAUCCGGUCGAAGGUGGGUAAAAUGCUUUCUCCUCUAUGAAAAAGGGUUAUCAUAUAAGUCUUUAUGUAGGGGAUUAAUUUAUUUCUGAUUUUUAAUACUUCUGUCAUUAUCAUUUGGCAGAUAUGAUAAAAAAGUAUGGCGAAAGUCAAUCACAUGUCCAGAAAUGUAACACGUGCGAGUAUGAGCAAGUCAUCAAUUCAUCUGGAGUUCUAAACUUGGAAUCAGGCUCUGUGAGGGUAUAUGCUGACGACGAUGAAUUCUCCUGUCCAAACUGUGAAAACACAGGCACAGCUGUUCCAAAUUGUGAGAGCACAGCAGAUUCGAAUUAUGGAAGUACAGCCGGUUUGGAUGAAAGUAAAUUGUGCAUGCUUUUAUAUUAUUUAACCCAUUGAGUGGCAGCACUCUCUCCCUGACAAGUAAAAUCGUCCGGUGUUAGACAGAGUAACAUAAUAAAGCAUGCAUUUGGGUGCAUUGCCACUUAAUAAAGGGUUAACACUAUAUAAAUAAUAGCUGGGGUUCGUACAAAGGAAUAUAAAGGAUGUUGCAAAGUUUUGGAAGGCAUUUCAAACUCUGGGAAAUCUUUACGGAUCAUGGGAUAUAUCAACUAGUCUCUUCCCAUUAACUGUUGGUUCAAAUAACUUCCCUCCUUAUUAUAGAGAAUAGCUGUGAAUAAAUUUUAAGGCAUUUAUUCUAAUUUAGAUAAUAAAUCCAAAAAUAACUUUUUUCAUAUAGCAUUGCCAUUGGACAGUGAUGAUGAUGUGCCAGAAAAUGUGCAACCAUUUAGCACUGAUUCUGCAGAGAACAAAAAAAGUGCCAGCUCUGUCAGUGCCAGUGGUAUUAAAAAAAGGAAAAGGAGCAAUAUUGAGAAGUCUUUGGAUGUUGUUUUCCAGAAAUUCCAAGAAAAUACUAAGGAUGACUUUUCAAGGUAGAAAGCCAAAAAAUGGCUGGCCAGGCAAAAUUCCAGUGUGUUGAUUUUGCAAUUAUGAUGCAAAAAUGUAAGAUCAGCCCCUAAGUUUCUGUUGAAUUUGUUUUUCUAAUUCACCCGUGAAAAUGACAAAAUAAACAUAAUUUUCAAUCACAACCCUGUUGUAUGGGGGGGGGGGGGCAGUCAAAUGCAAAUAAUAAUAAAUGAAUAAAUAGUUUUCAUUUAUAAUCAUUACUGUUAUUUAUUAUUGGUCUAGAUAUUUAUAGUAAAUUAAAAUUCAAUCCAUUUCAUAAAAUAAUCUAUAGAUUACAGAAAUGGGAGGAAGAGAAAAUGAGAAAAGAACACAAAUUUCGUAUGGAAGAAAUGGCACUGGAAAACCAGCGAAGGCGGGAAGAUCGGGAGCAUGAAAUGAACCUGCUCCGGUUGUUGGUACAUCCUCAAGGACCGUCACCAUAUCCUAUCAAUCCAAUCUCGAAUCCAAUGCCACACAAUUAUCCAAAUAUCCAUACACCUUUGCCUGCAAAUACAUUGUCAAUGUCAUCAACUAGUGGUAACUAUGACACUGGCAACACUGAGACAGACAGUAUUGGGUCCAUUGGCAAGAAAACAUACUUUUCGUUGUAG